UUAAUAUUUUUUAAGUAAAAUGUUAUUUCCCGCCCAUGACAACUUCUGAGUAGGUCCAGACAUUUGACAAACUUUAGCUGCAAAAACUCAUAAAUCAUAUGCUUUGGGAGAACACAUUUACAGGCAGAGCAUAGGCGCGCUCUAGAUUUCCCUCAUCCCCACUCACUUGAAAUACGGCGCAGCACAGCAGCAGGGAAUCCUUGCCGUGCCGUGGUCUCUCUCGAUCUUUUGGGGAAAUAAAAGAUGGUAUCAGCUCUAACUCGUCUGCUGCUCCUCACCUGCGUGAUUCUACCUUUCAAUGGAGCAGAGAAAUUGAGAAAGGCGCUUGACAGGAAGGAUGUUGAAUACGAAAAGUACAACAGCUGCCCCCAGGGUCCGGCUGGCACCCCUGGAAGGGAGGGUAACCCUGGCACCAAUGGCAUCCCUGGGACUCCUGGCAUCCCGGGGCGCGAUGGCAUCAGGGGGGAGAAAGGAGAGUGUGUGAGUGAGGUGUUUGAGGAGCCAUGGAAACCCAACUACAAGCAGUGUGCCUGGAACUCACUCAACUAUGGGAUCGACCUGGGCAAAAUAGCUGACUGUACAUUCACCAAGCUGCGUUCAGACAGUGCCCUGCGUGUGCUCUUCAGCGGCUCCCUGAGGCUGAAGUGUAAGACAGCCUGCUGCCAACGUUGGUACUUCACCUUCAACGGAGCUGAGUGUACAGGACCUCUGCCCAUCGAGUUCAUCAUCUACCUCGACCAAGGCAGCCCUGAGCUCAACUCCACCAUCAACAUACACAGAACCUCAUCUGUUGAAGGGUUGUGUGAGGGGAUCCGGGCAGGCCUGGUGGACGUGGCUAUCUGGGUGGGGACCUGUGCUGACUACCCCAGAGGAGAUGCAUCUACAGGGUGGAACUCUGUAUCCAGGGUCUUCAUAGAGGAGCUGCCCAAAUGAGGCCGUAUUUAUUAAGUGAUGGGACCAGGCCCCAUAGAGAAAGAACCCCUAACAAUCCUUCUGAAGCCUUUGACUACAUAUCAGUUUAGUUUCUGGAUGGGUUCCUAGUCUUUGACAAUGUCCUCUGGCCAAUCAGACUUCAGUUGUGGCUAAAGCCUACUACAGUAUCACUGAUGUUCACUUGAAUGUUCUGUACUACAGCACAUGGGUAGGGUCUAGUUUAUUGGCCACCUGAAAUUAGAUUUAUUCCUCAUUAGUCCCAUUCCUGUUUAAUAAGGAAGGAUUCUGGCUGUGCAUGUAAUCUGUUGAAGUCGUACAUUUUUAAAUGAAUUACUGUCAAUAAAGUAAUAUUUUGUAUGAA